UUCACUCUUGUGAAGGUGUCUCCAGUCUCACUCCCGUCGUUUGUGUAUUUCCAUGGAUUAUGGACGAUAACGAAAGUUAAUAUAAUAAUUAACUCACAUUGAUAUCGACAAAUGAAUUGAAAUUAAUUUUCUAAUGGUCACGCAUCAUACCAAGAGUUUUGUUGAGGGAGCCAACCAUCAGAUGAUGUAAAUGUUCAGCGGUGGGUCUCUAUUUUUCUCCAAAAAAUACCGGCCGUUCAACUCAACCCCAUGGAGUUCCCAGCCGUGAAAGAGCCUCCUCCACCUCCCCCGGAGGAGGCACCCUCAGACGUCUCCACUCCCCAACACCCCCUCCUAAAUGACAGAUCAGAGACCCCAGACAGCAAUCGCGCGGACUCAGUCACCUCGAGUCCCAAGAUCUCAAAGCCAGUGCUGGGUAAGGCCCAAGCAAAGAAACGUCUGAUGGCCUUCGCCAAGUUCAAUGUCACUGUGAAGCAAGCCCUCGAUAAAUCCAAAGAGAAGCUCCAGGCAGCCUUUCCCAAAGACCCUGAUCAAAAGUCAAAAUCAGAUCUCUCAAAGACCACCGGAAACGUCGAACACUCCAUGGAGCCUCCUCUAGACUCUGAGGAUGACCAGAAGUCCCAAACCUUCUCCAAGAAGUCUAAGAAGCUCUCGGAGAAGAAGCUCCCCGCAAUUGAGGAAAUAAUCCAAGAGGAAGUUCGCCGAAAGCAAAUAAUGGCCAGUGGAAUUCCAGAAAAGCCUUCGACACUGGAAAAAACGUCUUCCAGGACUCCAACAGACCCGAGAUUACGUGACUCAGGUCGAAGAGCCCGAGAUAAUCGUUCCAGGAACUGGGAGGACUCCAGGAGAUUUAACGCUCGCUUUCCUGACAGGAAAUCCCCCUACAGAAGCUCCUUUGGAGCCUCAGACACAUCAAGAAGACGAAGAACCCCCGAGAGAGAUCGAGGAAGGAGCCGUCGAGAGCGAAGACGAAGUACCUCUCCCGAAAAUCCAAAUCCCAGGGGUAAGGAUUCAGAAAAGGACGAUUCUUUGGAUCCUAGGAUUGAUCGCAGAAGCAGGGGCAGAUGGUCCAGGAAUCGCAGCAGAAGUUAUUCAGAGGCCGAGAGCAACUGGAGGACCUUCAAGUCCCAAGGACAGAUCAUCAGGAGCAAAACCCCCCAUAUUGAACCUCCAAAUGUGCCAAUUGACGUGAAAUUGAAAAAUCCCCAGGAGUACAAGAGCCAUUUUGAUCAGAUGCUGAUGGUGAGCGAUAUGAGGUCCCUCAGAACUCCAGUACUGGUCAAUGGAAUCGAUGAUGGAAUGAGGGAGUAUCCCCCAGAGUCCAUCAGGAUCACCAGGAGGAUUAAGGGAAUGGUCUACUCAGAGAAUCCUAACGUCGCCUUGUACUUGAGUAAAAGGAGACUGACACAGGUACUUCCACCUGAGAGGUGCAGAAUCAUGAGGGAAAUCAGUGAUUCUGAGUUCAAGGAGUUGCAGACGUACGAGGCACCGCUGACGAGAAACUGGUACAAGAGAAUUGAUUGCUAUGGGAGAUUGGAAAUUGUGAGGAGGUCUAGUUUGACGGAUCCUCUAGGGGAUGUCCCCCCGAAGUCCAGAUGGGAGUUGGAGGAGGACACCAAGGUUCAAGAGGAUGACACGGCUGAGGAGUUUGUUGGGAAAGCUUCUGAAGACGGAGGUGACGAGGAGGUGACGAACCUUGAGGAGGAAAAGAUUGAAGAGACUAGGGAGGAUGAGGAAAUCGAGGAGGGAGAAGUGACUAGUGGGCUCGCGUCUGAGUAUGAAGAGUUCAUGAAGAUGGUGAGCAUUGAUCCUGACUGUUCUGCAAAGGAUUCGUCAUUGUCUCCAGAGGUGAAAUCCUUGAGGCCCAUUUCAAAAGCUGUCGAAAUUGACCCAAAAAAAUUGACAAAAAUCGAAGAGGAAGUCCCUCGUGAAGAUUCCGGAGAGGAAAAAACGGUUCUUCCGGAGGAAGAGACCUCGACGCUUCCAGAGACGAUAAUUGUAGAGGUGGAAAAACCUGUGGAGUCUCCAGAGCUAUCACAACCAAAAGAUCCCAAGUCCCUGACGAAAAAAAUACUCCAGAAAAAGCCCCCGAAGAGGAGACAACCAACGUCAACAGAGACGAGUGAUUCCUCGAGUUCGGACUCUGAAUUCGAGAGGCGAAAAAGAAAACGACGAAGAAAGAAGAAGAAGAAAAUCAGGGACUCCAGCACGUCCAGCAGCAGCAGUGACGACUCGAGCAGUGAAGAUCUCUCUAAAAAACGGAGGAAGAAUUCGAAGAGGCGACGCCGAAAGUAUAAAAAAUUGAAACUACAAAAGAAAAAAUCGAGGAAGGACUCUUCAGAUUCAGACUCCAGUAGUAGUUCCGAGAGAUCCCACAUGCAAAAAACGAAGAACGUUAUUUCUAAGCACUCGAAUGUAUCUAAACCUGACAGGUCCAGCUCCUUGGAAAAACAAAAAGUUCAUACGAUAAAAAAAGAAAUUGACGAGGACGACUUUCCUCUGGAAAAAAAUUCUAUUUCAACUUCACUUGACAUCUCGGGUGAACAAGAAUCCCUGAAGAUCGAGCAAAUAAAAAUAAAAAUCGAGAAAAAUAUUACUCCCAGUGCAUCCGAGCAAGAAGACGGGGAGAUUAUGGAGGCAGUCGAGAGAAAUCUCUCGAAAUCUCCAGAAUUUCAACUCGAGAAGGAGAAAAUUGCGGAGAAAGAGUUGACUGAUCAGGAGAGAAUCGCUUCAAUUCCAAUUCCCGACGAAGUUCAUCCACUGGACAUACUGAAACCCGAGGAAAUCCCUCUACCCUUGACUCCAAUGGCCUCCAGGGAUAUCCCCCUUCCCCCGACCGAGAAUGUUGAGAAAGAAUUACUGGAGAAAAAGAGGAAAAUUGAACUGGAGCUCCUGAAAACUCGAAAACCCAAGAGCUCUCAGCGAAAACGUAGGUUUUUUGAGAGCAGUACAUCAUCCUCCAGCAGCUCCAGCAGUUACUCCUCAUCCUCCAGUACUUCUGGAGAUUCUGAAACAGAAAAGAAGGAGCGGGAUCGGAGGAGCAGGUCACAAGGGCGAUCAAAAUCCUCGAGAGUGAUUAAGAGACCGAAAAAGUGUCUCACAGAAUUCGAUUUUGAUUUUCCCUCGUUGACGCAACUGGAGAAAACGGGAACGUUGAUAGACGACUGGGAGGUGGACUCCAUGGAGGAUAUGGAGGAUCUCCCUAAGGAUAAACCCAAGAAACUGAAGAAAAUGGAGAAGGAAGUGAGAUACGAUCAGAAAACUGACACGUACAUUGCUGUUGAGAAAGAACUGGCGAAGGGAAGUAAAAAGAAACAGGCUGGAAGGGUUUGCUUGAGGAUCUGGGAAGAUGAAGAAGAGGAGGGAGAGCGAGAAGCUUUGCUGAUGAAAUCCGAUCCAGCAACUGCAGGAGAAGGAACUCUUGUAGAAGAGGGGAAAACCAAAGAGGAAGGAAAAACUGAAAAAUGUGAAGAUUUUGACAAUCAGAAAGAUGAAAAGUGGUUGGGAAUAACUGAGGAAAUUUCUAUCACGGAGGAAAAGCCUCUAGAAGUCAGACCUCGAUGGGACAAGAAGUCUUCAGAUUUAUCAACUGAUCCACCCACUCCGGAGGGCCCCCUGAUGCCGGUGAACUGGGAGGAAGAGGAGGAGUGGACGAGUUCAUUGAAACCUGUUGAGAUUAAACCCGUACCUCCGGCUUCCUCUGAUAAGACAAGAUCACAAACUGAGAAUUCCAAAAAUGAAGAGAAACCGGAAGAUCGUAGACGGGAUUUUUCGGAGCAUGAGAAAGUGGAUUUGUAUAGCCCGAGUUCACCAGCUGAUUCUCAUAAAUCAGAAACUGGGUUAGGGAGUUCUGAAUCUAGUGAAUCUACUUCAGGAGAUCGAUCAUCAGACUCGUCGUGUGGAUCACCGCCACAUAAAGUGGAGACAACUAGAAUCGACGGGCCUCCAGGUGAAGAAAUGAAAUCAUCAACUCCUCCUCUGGUUUCUCUGCCAAAAAUUGAUGAUUUUCUCAUUGAAAAGUCACCGGAGAAUCCGCAGGAUACUCUCCAUCAAUUAAAAUCAGACAUGUUUUCAAAAUUACGGGAGCAGGACCUGGAGAAAAUUGAGGAUAAAGAGAAAGAAGCCGAUGUCACAUCGAAGAAGACCUCUAAGGUGUCAGCAGAAGCUGUACCGAAGGCACCAGCUGAAUCUUCACAUAAAUCCAAGGAGGUCUUCAAGAACACAUUCGUGGAAAUUGGUCCGCAGUCCUCUAGGUCUCCAGAUCGUCGUAGGAUCUCACCUAGAGAUUCCGAAAAAUCGAGAGCCAGAAUAUCUGAGGAGAGGACAAGCAACUCCAGCUACAGGAGCAGUCGAAGUUCUGCUAAGGAGCUGGAGAAGCCGAAAAUUGAGGAGAAGAGAAGGGAUCGGUCAUCUUCACCUAGGAGGAGAUCCCCGGGGGAGAGGAAGUACAGGCGGUCGCCUUCCUGGCGGAAGAGGCACAGCCGGAGCAGAUCGAGAAGCUGGUCGAGGAGUAGAAGUAGAAGUCUUGAUCGAAGAGAUCGACAACAGAGGUUUAGACAUCCCGGGGAUGGACGAGAGAGAUACAGCCCAGGGCGCUCCAGAGGGAGAGAGAGGAGAGACUGGAGUCCGGAUAAGUCAUUGGAGAAGAGUUAUGAUCCCCUGGAGAUAUUCAGGGGGAGUAAGAGGUUUGAAUCGAGAAGAUUGGAGGCACCCAGAGAGGGAAGUGAGUCUCAGGAUCCCUAUGAUGUCCGACGUCUACUGGAGCUGCCGUUCGACGACAGGAGCUUCUCGAAGGAGAGAAGUCUCGACAGGGACUUGAUGGAUCCCCCCAUUAUUCCUCCUCUGUGCCCCGACUUGGAUGUCAAAUGCAGAUUCAGGAGGGAGAGGGGAAGGGAGGAGGAUUGGGAUCGCCGAGAGGGUGAGAGGAUGAGGAGGAGAUCACCAGAGAGGAGAAGGGAGAGGAGGAGAUCCCCCAGGAGAGGCAGGGAGAGAGAUAGAGACAGGGAAAGGGACAGAGAAAGGGAGAGGGAGAGAUUUGUAUCCAGAUCGAGAUCAAAAUCGUGGUCAAGAAGUCCUGCGAGGAGUCGAGAGAGGUCCAAUAGUCGCGGCAGGGAGAGGUCCAGGGAGAGAUCGAGGAGGCAGAGUAUGGAGAGAGUGCACAGUUUGGAAAGAGUGCAGACUCUGGAAAGGAUCCAGAGUAGGAGGAAAUCGAGGUCUAGGUCACCGUCUCCCAGGAGACGGAGACCGGAGAGGUUUAGGAGGAGUUUGAGUGGUGACAGGGGGAGAAAGAUUGAAACUAUUAUGCAUCCUUCUGGGAUGAAUCCUCCGGCUCCUGAAGAAAGCACGAUUCUCAAUGAGGGAACGCAGGUGCCCUCGAAUUUCAGAUAUCAACAAGAACCUCCAGAAAACUUCACUUACUACCCGAGCAACAACCUGACGUAUCCCCCACGAGUGGAAGACUCUUCCGGCUCCCCGAAGCGCCUCUCCCUUGACGAUCGUCUAGAGCUAGAGCUCGGAAUAAAAAAAUCCCAAGAGGUUCCCAUCUACCCCUCCACGUACCCCCACAUGCUGCCAGCCUCAUCAAUUCCACUGCCUGCAUCCCCAGCCCCCGGAGCAAUAUUCCAUCGUCCACCCACACUCCUGCAAGUGGGUAACGUCCUGCAAGUAGUCCCCAGGGACUAUCAGCCAGCUGGAGUCCCUCCAGUUCUUCGUGCAAACAUUCCACCGUCUCCAGUACCACCAGCAGCGAAUGGUAACCGAGUAUUGAGAGUUGGUAAUGUCCUGGAAGUCGUACCAACCACUAACCUCGACUGGGCCGCAGGUGGAGCACCUCUUGUCAAUCUGGAUAGACCACCUCCAACAUUUCCACCACCACUAGUCGCCAGUGUCUCUUCAUCACCUCAUCCUGUACCAGUUCCCGUCCCCCAGGUGCUCGCUCCACCAGUUUUACCUAAACUAUCUCAGCCCAAGGCGCCACCAGCGCCUCAACCGGUCUACAAUUAUGAGGCAAUUUUGGAAGCUCGAAAAAAGGAGAAAGAGGAGAGACGAAGAUUGAGGGAAGAGAGGAGGAGUGAAAAGGAGAAUCGUAGGAUUAUCAGGAUGAGAAAGAGAGCUGAGAAGGUUCUGGACAAAGUUGCUCGAACCAACGAAACUGCUGAAGAAGUUCCUGACACUCCAGAGGAUCCAAACAAAUUGAUUGACGAUGAACAUGAGGAAAGUGUUGCUGCAACACUUGGAGAAACUUCAGGAGAUGUCAAGGAGUUCGGGGGAGACUUUGAUGAGGACGAGGAAGUGGAUCUUGAGGGAGAUGUUGAGGAGGAUGAAGAAGAGGAGGACGAGGUGGAGGAGAGUGAGGAGGAUCAGGAGGACGAGGACAGCAGGGUGAUACCGGGACUGGGGGAUCUGAAGGAGUGCGAACAGAAAAUUGAUGUUGAAGGAUCCGUUGAAGUUCUUCCAGUACCGAAGAAGGGAAUUUUAGUGCCUCCAGGACUGUGGGCGAAUAGAUUGCUCAAUGGUGAUGAUGAGGAGGGAAUCGAGGCACCUGAAGGUUCCAAUGAAAGUGAGAACGAGGGUGGGGUUGAGGAGCUGGGGGAUGAAGAGGAGAGAGAGAAGAGGAUGAGGACGAGAAAGGCGAGGGCCAAGAGGAAGGCUGUGCAAUUUGCGGAUGGGGUGAAGCCGGGUGAGGGGACUAGUCCUAGUGGCGGUGAAGGGGACAUGCCCUCACCUCCACCACCUCUUUCCUCUUCGAUUCAUGAUCCUGUGAGGGAAAUGGUGAAGAAGAGGAUGAGGAAGAGGGAGAGAAAGAAGCCGAAGAGGGUGAAGGUGAUGAAGACUAAGAAGAAAGUGAAGGUGAAGAUAAUCAAGCUGAAGAAACCGAGAAUAACACCCUUGACAGCCCUUAUGUUAGACGAUUCAGACGAAAUGGACGAUCGAUCACCACCUCCACCACCCCCCGGCUCACCACCCCCUCCUCAUCUAUGGCCAAGUUAUCUAGCUGCUUACAGUGCAACCUUGAAAGCAGUGGAGUCAGUUGUAUCACCUCCCAGUGUAACUCAAACAGCGCCACCUCCAACUCCACUUCCGCUUCUGGUGCCACCUCCACCGUUGAAUUACACUAUCCAACCCCUCAACAAAGCUUGACUCGGGAUCCUUGGAACUGGGGGACUAUCAUCCCCUUUGGAGAGUUAGAGAGUAGAAACUGUAAAUAGAGUAUUUUUUAUUUUCUCUGUUGGCUUCUGUAAUAGCGUAAUACGACUCUAGACAUCCCAUCCAUCACUUGUCCAUUUCUUUUGUGUGAGAUAGGUAAUGUCUAUUGAUUAAACAUGUUGUAGACUGGUUAUAUUCAAGGAUUAUAAACGUUUCAAUUUAAUAAACAACUCUUGACGUA